CGCCAAGAUUCAUUCACAUUCGGCAGGCAGGGGGACACCAGCACUCCAGCAGUAAGCGUCGAGCGACCGAAGACCAUGGCGGACGCCGGCAGCAGUGCCGCCGCGAGGAGGGCCCCAUCGUCGUCCUCGCCCGGGGGGUGCGCGCCCGCGCUGGGGCGGCUGGUGCGGAAGCUGCGGCGGCAGAGCAGGCUGCUGUGCGCGGCCACGGGCGGGGCGCGCCACGCCGCCGCCGCGUCGUCGUCCGCGCGCUGCCGCCACCACCACCACCACCAGUACGACCCGCUGAGCUACGCGCGCAACUUCGACUUCGGCACCGCGCUGGAGGGCAACGAGGCCCACUGCUCCUUCGCCUCCCGCUUCGUGCUCGCAGCCCCCGCCGCGCGGCAGGCGCAGUAGUAGAUCAGAGGCGGCCGAGGCCAGGGUCGUAGGUGCCAGUGCCACCCCGACGUCGGAUGGAACGCACCCGCUUCGGGAGCUGGCUUUGCGUGCGUCCAAGCGCUGGUGGCGCGUCAGCCAUUGGCUGUAGUAGCUGAUAGCUAGGUAGUCUUGUAGAAGAAGUAUCAUCAAUUAGUAAUCUUGUAGCUGUGUGAGUAUGUUCAUAUGCUGAGGCCUGAGAGGUGGCGAUGGCUUGUAAUCAAGGAUCUGCCGCCGUACGUCCCUUGACGACUCCUCUUCCCGUGGUCGGAGGAUGAGGGAUCGGCCAAGAGGAAAUGUUUCCAUUCCGAAAGCUUACACGCCUAA